AUGGGGAUGAUGAAUGAUGGCUGCACUGCCCUGGCAUGGAAGACCGAUAGCUUCAGUGUUGCAGGUCAAAAUUGGGAUUGGGAAGAAGGACAGAAGGCCCGACUGGUCAUUCUCCAUAUCAAACCAAGACAAGAUGGCACAGUGCCUCGACCCAAGAUAAGCCUGGCUACCGAAGCAGGCAUCCUGAGCAAAAGCGGACUAAACUCCGCUGGAGUCGCAGUCUUCAUCAACGCCAUUCGGGCGAAGGGCAUCAAAUUUGAUGCUCUCCCUAUCCAUAUUGCCCUCCGCACGGUGCUAGACUGUGAAAGUCGUCUUAAGGCGAUUGCUCGGCUGCGGUCGCUUACCUUAGGCACUUCUGGGCAUAUCAUGAUCGCAGAUCAGACAGGUGGAACGUCCAUCGAGUUCAGCCACAUGGAUAUUGCCCAGCUGGAGAUGGUCGAUGGACAAAUCGCGCACACUAACCACUUUUUGGUCAAGCAUGAUCCUGCCGUGAGUGAUUCGUUAAUCUUCCCAGAUUCUCUUCAUCGCCAGGAACGCAUCACCGUACUGCUAAGGGAAGCACGACAGGAAGUACAAAAGGGCUUGACACCCACGGAGAGUCUCGACAAGAUGUUGGAGGACGAGGACGGCUUCCCCACCUCCAUCAACAGGAAAACUAGCCCACAUGGGAAAACUGAGACGCUGUAUAGCUUUGUAGCUGAUCUAAACGCAAAGACAGCUUGCAUCAGAUUGGGAAGGCCAACUGCGUGUGAAGGAGUAUGGCACUUCGACCCUGCGGGUCUGUAA